AUGGCCCCCUCCCAAGAAGUCGCUCCCCCUGCCGCCGCCAUCACCAAGGACCCAUCCACCAACGGCAACGGCAACGGCAACGGCACAGCCGCAACAGCCCCCAAGACCAAGACGCCUGCGCUGAACGAGCGGAUCCUCUCCUCCAUCACCCGCCGCUCCGUCGCCGCCCACCCGUGGCACGACCUGGAGAUCGGCCCCGACGCGCCCACAAUCUUCAACUGCGUGAUCGAGAUCCCCAAGGGGAGCAAGGUCAAGUACGAGCUGGACAAGAAGACGGGGCUCAUCAAGGUGGACCGCGUGCUCUACUCCUCCGUCGUCUACCCGCACAACUACGGCUUCAUCCCGCGCACCCUCUGCGACGACUCCGACCCCAUCGACGUCCUCGUCAUCAUGCAGGAGCCCGUCGUCCCGGGGUGCUUCCUCCGCGCCAAGGCCAUCGGACUCAUGCCCAUGAUCGACCAGGGCGAGGCCGACGACAAGAUCAUCGCCGUCUGCGCCGACGACCCCGAGUACCGCCACUUCAACGACAUCAAGGAGUUGCCUCCCCACCGCCUCGCCGAAAUCAGGCGAUUCUUCGAAGACUACAAGAAGAACGAGAACAAGGAGGUGGCCGUCAACGACUUCCUGCCGUCAGAGGACGCCUACGAGGCCAUCCAGCACUCCAUGGAUCUUUAUGCUACUUACAUUGUGGAGGGCCUGAGAAGGUAG